AUGUCAAUUAAAUACAACUUCGAGGGAAAGGUAGCCCUAAUCACGGGCUCGAGUUCAGGCAUCGGCGCCGCCAUAGCCUUACUAUUCGCUCGAAGCGGUGCCCGAGUAGUGGUCAGUGGUCUCAAUGGGGACGACAUCUCACGCGUAGCCCACGAGUGCUCACAGGUGUCGCCCAUGGCUUACAAACCGCUGGAAGUGGUGACAGACUUCCGCAUAGAGGGAGACAUUCAACGACUGGUCGACACCACUGUCCACACGUUCGGACGGUUAGACAUUUUAGUCAAUAACGCCGGCGUGUGUUUGAUAUCCAAGAUAACAGACCCGGAAUACAUUGAACGACAAAAGGCUUUAUUUGAUGUGAACCUGAAUUCUGUGAUAAAGUUAACACAUUUAUCGGUUAAACAUUUGACCAAAACUAAUGGCAAUAUAAUUAACAUAUCGAGUGUUACGGGCAUUCAAUCGUACACAGCUAGCUCAGUCUAUUGUAUGGUCAAAGCGGCAAUUAUUAUGUUUACACAAUGUAUGGCAACAGAAUUGGCUGACAAAGGCAUUCGUGUAAACUGUGUCUGGUCAGUUAUUUAUUUCAAUUUAUCUGUGAUCAUGUUAAGUUGA